AUGGCGGUCGAGGGUGCGACGCAGGCCCUCGUCGCGGCUUUCUUCUUCGGGAUCGUGUUGAACGCGGCGUCCGCGGCUCUCGUUCUCUACGUUAAGGGGUAUGGCCUCUCCGCCGUAUUUCGGGACAGCCAGAGGCUGGUCCUCGUUCUUUUUCUUCUGAGUGCGGCCCUGUGGGCCCAGAUCGAUUUUAUAACAGUCCUUCUCGACAUCUCGACGUCGUCGAUGCCCUGCCAAAUCGGUAUUAUAUUCUCUACCACAUUCGAUCAGUUUGCCCGCUUCUCGGUCGAGCAGUUCCUCCUAUGGGCUCUGAAUAACAACAACGGAACGAAGCUUUCGCUCGCCCAGCUGAUCCCCCAGAUUCUGGUUCUGGUUAGGUUCCUGGCCGGGGCUAUCUUCAUCGGGUUCACCCGGCCACAGACUGACGACUUCUGCGUCGCCACCACAUCUGCGCUUCCUGUCGGGAUUCUGGUUGCCGCUUUGGAUGGGGUUAUCGUUUUGCUCCUUAUCAUUAGGGCCUAUUCGGCGGGAGGAGCGGCAAAGGAAAAUCGUGGUGGCAAGGGAGUUAAUGCUGAUCGAGCCAGAGCGCUGAUGACUGUGCUGCUGGGUUUGGUGUUCUGGACAGGGACGAGUGUGCCGAUGCUUCUCGGCUUUCAGACUCUGGCCCUGGCUACCAGGACGGCCCUGCCCGCCGGUGGCUUGCUGGUUGUGAUUGCUUUCGUGGCAAGUGGCGCUGAAACUUUACUCGCCUCCCGGGGGACAGGCUCUCGGCCGCCAGAAGCGCCGUCACCACGACGUAUUAACAUCAGCCGUGAUAUCUCGACCUCCAGCACUGAUUAUCCUCCGACUCGCUUUGAGGACCUUAAAGAAGCGGCCAUCCGGUCCUCCAGAACAUUCGUCAACCCGAGAGACGCGCCGAGAGUCAAGGAUGAAACAAGUGUUGGGUUCGAUUUUGGUAUUGAACCACCUCUCCCGGCAAGUGUUGCUCACAGGACGUUGUUCCACCCGAUGAAAGGCAAGAUGACCAUCAGUCGCCCGAUCGUCCAACAAAAUGACGGUCAGAAUCCCUGGAGCAAAAUUGCCGUCAUGGAUCUCCAGGAGGCUGCGGUGGCGGAUAGGGAAAGAAGAGCCAGGAUGCACGAGGAGGAAAACGCGGCGGCCAUCCGCCCUGGAUGGCCGUCGAUGGACUUGGCUCCGGAGGAAGCGUUGAAGCGUGGGGUUAGCCUGAAGAGGAAAGAAGUUGCCUCUGCCUCUAUUCGGGAAAGCAUCUUCCCUGGCGCUCUUCAGCCAGAUGGUGCGGCCGUCGCGGUAACCACGUCCGCCCAGCUGUCUCCAGGAGGAGAGGAAACUCGCCGGAGGUCACCUCGACCAUCGCUACAAGAGGAGUCCGUCCAGCCACGGCAAGCAUCCCCCGUGAGGGUUACGGAAUCCCCCGAGCCCGAGUCUCAGUCCGCGCAAAACGUCUCGUUGACAAGGCAACAAUCUCUCCCAAAGCCGAAUAUUCGCCCUUCGAGGAUGCUGCCCCCGUCGCCGACAACGCCGCCUGCUGAACCGACCAAAACUCCGCUCCAGAGGCGCCCAACUAUUGGCCUUCCAUCGAACCCAAGGGCACGGGGUCUUGCAGUGGCCGAAGAGCCAGGAUCGCAGCACCGGACCAUCUUAUUUGUCAACAACAUCGAAUACAAUAACCCAGCCAUGGUUGAGGCAAUCAUCAAAACUGCAGGCCACCCCGUCAAGCAAGCCCCCAUCGCUGAGACUCCUGGAACUCCACAGUCCGUCGUCAACCGCCCGCGUCCGAUCCCGCGGAAGCCGUCAGACUCGUCAGCGCAGUCUAGCCCAGCGCUUAACCACCGUCGAACCAAGUCCGGCGGGUCUCUAAUGGCGAGGAAGUCUGUUCUUGCUCCGUCGCCCGGUAGCCCCACGACGCUCCCGCCUCUCCCCGUUCUGCCCAGGAGCGCGACGGUGGGCGCCAGGCCGCAUCCCAACAACACCAAGAGCAUGACCUUCCAAGAAAAGGUCACGCUCAUGUUCCCAAACCCACCGAGCUCAAACGCAGUCAAGCGCCGAUCAUCUCUCCCCGAUGUUCCGCCCAUUCCCGUAUCGUACUGGGAUGUCGACUCAUCGCCGAGUGAGCCCUAUGACCGCCAGCGUUCUAAUCGGACGACGCAGGCGUCCACUCGUACUGAAAGUAUUCUGGAAGUUGACGAGAUCCCACGCAAGGCCGGAAAGGCGAUGGAUACCGUCGGUGAAGCAGGAAGCUCCUGGCUCCGCGCUUUUGGUGACGGGGACGGCGGUAACCCGAACAACCGCCCGCGCGCGAAGGGAGCCAGCGUCAAGCGCGAGUCAUCCCCAGUUAUCCCUGAUGUUCCGGUCCGCGCGUCUGCCUGGACAGAGACAACAUACGACCGUUCUGAGGACGACGGGACGAACUGGAGCUCUAUGAACACUCCGGAGGUUGCCAUUGGCAUUCCCGUCAUGCAGCGGCUUGGCCUGCCGUCGUCAGUCCGGAUGCCUGGCCGUCAAAACAUGAGAGGAUCGGAGCUUUCGUUUGCUGACACCCGCAGCCGGGAGACAUUGCCGAUUAUGCUUGAUACUUCAAGUAUUCAACAACCCGAUCACGAGAGCCCGGUAGUUCCGGAAGCUGAACCCGUGACAAGCCCAGAGAUGCCUACUUGGCAUCGACGUGUAGGCGACGUGUGCCCGACUUUCUCAGACAGAGAAAAGAAGGUCAAGGCUAGGAAGAUGCCCCCUCCAGCGCCUCUGCCGCUUCACACUCUUUCCACCAAGAAGAUCCUUGCCGUUCAAGUCGAGCCUUCCCCGCUCGAGUCCCCUGGACAAGCCAUCCAGCAAAUUCAGGCGCAACUGAGGAAGCUUGACGAACUCGAACAAGCUACCCCGGAGAGUGCGUCGCGGCGGAUAGCGCUUCUUGAGGACCUCGAACGGGAGAUGGGCCAACAGGAGGAGCACUGGGAGGAGAUCAAGCAUGACAUUGGCCGUGAUUCUCUCUCCAGCAUGCAGACUCUUUCGCCGGCCGGCCGUAGCUCGCGCCACGCGUCUGUGGCUAGCACUAUCAACAUGGCUCGCGAGGCGACCAGAAAAAGCAUUGGGGCUGAACGCAGAGCUUCCCGCCUCGCCAAUAUGCAAAACAGCCUCAAACCCAGUGUUCCUGAGCCGCCAGCACGGAACUCGGUGAGCCCGCAGCUGAGCAAGUGGCAGAAGCGGUUGACGGAAGCGCAGAUGGACUACAUGGACGCUCGACUUCUCCGAACCAGCAACGUCAAUUUUAUGCAACUGUCGAAAGCUCAGCUUGCCAGUCCUACUCCGCCAGACUCUAACGACUCCGAGAUUCCGCCUCUUCCGAGUUUCGAUGAGGAGAUUGUCAUCGAGAAGCCGUCAGAAGCACGCCGAGACCUAGCCUCGCUCUGGACACCAGCAACGAAGGAGAUCGCUCCGACGAGCUUCCUUUGGGCGCCUCUGGCGCCCCUCUCUGGGCUUCGGCAGCGCCUCCCGCCCAACCACUGGUGCGCACGUCCUCUAAGUCGGAACCCGCCUCUCAAAAGCCCCCGCGCCCCGGUAACCCAACGGCCUCCCCGCCGCAACAAGCGCGUGACGCUGCUCCCAGAUAUCCUCGAGAGCCCGCAGCCUCUUCCGGACAAGCGCGGGACUCUCGGCAUUUUCCAGUUCCCAUGGGGCGAGAAGUCCGACACGGCGAGCGUCCAACCGCGCCCGAGCAUGUUCAUGGCCAUGCCCGGUACCAUGUCGUCGGGUACUCCGUCGAUCGGCAUGGCAGGCCGCACAAGGCAGCCGGAGUCGGCCGAAUACUCUUCCUCGUUUUUUGACGACUACGACGAGGAGGAUGAGAUCAUGGGGAUGGACUCCGACGAGGGCGAUAGCGACGAUGGGUUUGACGAGACAACGCUCUGGGAGAUUGCCAGCCUCUUGAAGACCGAUGAGGUGCCAUCGAGAAAUAGCUUGUUGCCGCCCCCAUCUGAGUCUGUCGUCGACGAUUAUAUCGAUGAAUUGUCUUCGGACGAGGAAGGUCAGUCGAUCGUCAUUGGCCUCGCUGAACCCCUGGAGGUGUUUGUUGAGCAGCAACGCGACUCGGCCACACUGGAGAGCUCGGCUCUGCUCAUGCUCGAAGACGCUCUUGAUGCCAAGACGGCACCCAAGCAGGCUAUCAGAAUUGGUCUUCCUGCCAACCCCAAGGCCUCUCUGAACAGCCGCGCGGCCCCUGCUCCCCGGGCGACACCAGAACCCGAGAUGUCUCGGAUGCCACGUAACACGCCCGAAGUCCAAAAGCCUGCGUUUGUUCAAAAGCAAAAGUCAACCGGCUUGUGGCACUCGCCUAACCAAACGGAUAAGCCUUAUGUAUCCGGAGGCUUAUUCGUAUUCAAGGCUCGCCGAUCUGAUGGCCGUGGCACGUCCGAGGAGCCGGCUGCCAUGUACAUCAGCCGGAAACCACGCCCGGUUGAGCAGAAGCCCCUGGAGCGAUUGGUAUCGACAAAUCUCUGGGUCUCUGGUGAUGCCAGAAGGAAGAGCGAGCGGAACUGGAUCUUGGGAGUAAAGCCAACACAGCGCGGGAGCAGGCUUCAACGACCUCAGACUACCCCCGAGGACUGGAAGGCCGCUCUGAGAGAAGCCAUUGCAGUUAGCUACCCCCGCCGCAAGCUCAACCGUACCAUCGCCACACCGGCCGAGUGGAAGGCUGCGCUUCAAGAAGCUAUUUCCCUCUCUGCACCUGCUUUCAACCCCGCGAUCCGCCACCCGGUCUUCUUUGGCCCUCUAACCAUCACCCGCCCUGAGCAGGCCCUCCACCCAGCCCUUCCGGGCUACGCAGCCAAGGAGGUACACCAAUCGUCUUCCGACUCGCGAAGCCGUAUUCAAACCCAGCGCAAGGACGAGGCGCACUCCUCGGACAACGCGCUAUCGCCGGUCCCAACGAUGCUACAGCCAACAAUCUACCACAACAGCGCGAUCCAGGCACAGAUCGAGGCGCUCGAGGCAGAGCGCAUGUUCGCGGAGCGCACUGCGCAGGCGGAAUACCGCCGGCGAACGAGCAUGACAGCGGCUGCUGCUGUUACGGAGCCGGUGGUGCCGGUCGAGGAGGAGAUGACGGGCUUCGAUGCCGUGCAGGACCUGCAGAGGAGGCUGAGUUUGCGCAUCCGGCAGUCGUUGGUUUUUGCGCCGGCCCCCGUUCAGCAGCCCCAGCCUGUGCCGGCACCGCCUGUUGUUGUUACUGCUGCUCCGGCUGAGGUGUUGAGGGCUGAGGUGAAGAGCAAGCCCGAGCGGCGUGUUUCGUUUGCUUCGGCUGCUAGCCAGGGUAAGGGUGCCAGCUACUUGUGGGUUCCCGCCUCCCGGCCUGUGGUUUCGACAGCCGGCUUGUGGUCAGCGGUUGUUACGCGUGGUUCUUCGACCAGCCCCUCGGUGGAAGAAGACAGCUUUGCCGCUUCGCAACGGGCAUCCCGGCGAGGGAUGUUGCAGAGGAAGCAGGAGGAACAGGAGAUCCUGGAGCAAAUGGCUGCGAUAGAGAGGGGCGAGAACCCCUUUGUCCACUUCUUGGGGAUGAAGCCGUGGGUGGAUGAGGAGAAGGUGGUUGUGGUCCAGGCACGGGAGAGGGACUGGUUGCAUAGUGUGUGCGCGCCGAGGACGAAGACGCAGUCGAAGGGCAAGCAACUCUGGACCUCUUCGCUUCGUUCCAACCGCCGUUCUCUCCCCACAAGCGGCCUCUGGACACCCAUGGCUGGCCAUCAAUCGUCUGAGCCAUCCUCGGAGGAGGAGGACGCCGCCCAUAACGUCCAGGGCAAGAGGAAUCGUCGACAAAAAACAUUCGCGCUGGACACUACAGUGCCGCAGGGAACGGAGAUGUGGAAUGAGAGCACCGUAUCUUCUCAAAACGGGACACGGCAAGAUUGGUUGCACAGCGUGAUGCGCACCGGCCCGGACCACCCGCUCCAUGACCAAAGAACUCUGGGCUUCUCCCCGUCGUUCCAACAGUCGCGCUCUUUCACGGGCCGCAAAGCGAGAUUGGUUGCACAGCCUAUGCGUCCCAGCCCCGACCUCGGCCUCAGCCACCACCCACCGCGAAGAACCACCACCGAUACGCAUGCACCAUCCCCCCAACCCGCGCCCAUCCAGCAGCGCGCGGAGAUGUGGACUCAGCAGCACCAAAACACACCCGCGGCUCAACUCGCGACAACCCACGACUGGCUCCACAGCGCCUGCACACCCACCACCCCCAACAACGGCCGCGUCACUCACAAACAGCAACAACAACAACAACAACUCUGGACAGCUCCCCACAACCGCAGCAGCAACGCCAACCAGGCCGGUCUGUGGUCUCACCUCACAGCCACCACCACCCGUUCUUCCUCCACCUCCACCUCCCUAGUAGAGAGUGAAGACAGCUUCGCGGGCGCGGCGCGGGCGCGGCGGCGGAAGGCGAUGCAGGAGAUGAUGGAGAUGCAGGAGAUCCUGGAGCGGAUUGCGGCGGUUGAGCGGGGGGAGGAUCCGUUUACUGUGGCGUCCAGGGGGGUGCUGGGGAUGGGGAUGGGGAUGUGGAGUGCAGGUGUGGGUGUCAGUGGUAGUGGUAGGGGUAGGGAUAGGGGCAUGGGGGGGAGGGAUUGGUUGCAUAGUGUAGGGUGUUCGGGAGGACGGCUCGGGCAGCGGUGUGGUGACAAGGUCGAAAAAAUCGCAAACUCCGGAAUUACUAACCAUUCGGACUGCGGCUCUGGAAAUUAUGUCGCACAAUGCAACUCACACGAAGCCGCAGGUAAAAAAGGUGCCGAGAAGCAGCCACACAAGCGCCGGGCCAAGCCGGAGCUGGACCCCGAGGCAGGUGAUGCCGGAUGCCGAGCGAGUGGGUCCGAAUCGUCCACCGCCACCACGGUCAGGAGGUUUCUUGGUUUUGUGGUGAGACUUGGAUGGGGCUUCUGGGGCUUACUGGACAAUUUAUGGGAACGUAGGUCGUGA